AUGUAUGUUUGCUAAUUGGCAUGCUUGCUGCUAGCAUAGCUUUUUACCAUCAAUCAAACUCACCAACAACCUGCCUCCAUCAUCAUCAUACGGGGGAGGGGGGCCUGCCCCUGAAUGGAGGCAGCCAUCAAAAGAAGCAAGGGACUCACUAAAUGGACUGUGGCUCCGGGGUUUGUUCUCCACAAUGUGCUGACCUCGUUUUGUUGUGGCGGAACACAAAACGGACUCACUCCCUCCAUCCGAAAAAUACACUUAUACACAUCCACCCAUGAUGCACCACAUGUCACCUUUGACCUUUGGCUAACAUGAGAGAAAGCAGCGCCUGAUUGGUCGAUGUGACAUAUCAGUCAGCAGUGGACACGCCCCAUAGCAGCGGCAGUCAUGCCUUGCCAUAGAAGUAUCCAUGACCCUUGGUAGAAGCAGCCACGCCCCCUUGAAACAGCAGCCAUGUCCUCUGGCAGAAGCAGCCACGCCCCUUUGCAGUAGUCACAUCCUAUGGAAGCACCGACCAUGCUCCACGGCAGAAGAAUCCACUCCCAAUUGUGAAGAAACCCCGCCCCUUAGAAACAGCAGUAGCCACACCCCAUUUCAGAAGUUUCCACAGCCGUUGGGCCAAAGCAGCCACACCCCCAGAAGCAGCAGCUGUGUCCCAUGAGAGAAGAAGCCCCGCCCCCAUGGCGGGAGGAGACAUAGAUGGCAUUGCCAGUAGAUAUCUCGCUUGUUAGCUAAUUGUUUUGUCCUGCAUUUAAUUACUACUAGAUGGAACUGUCUCACUUCUGGACCUUUUCUCUCUCAAAUGGACUCAACACAAUCGACAACACACACACACACACACACACACAGAAGGCUCGCUAAUGCUGAGUGACAGCUCAUUAGCAUGCUAGCAUUAGCCGCAGGACUAACAGCUAUAGAGCUGAGCUGCAAGGGAACAAACGUGUUGUUGUUGUUAGCAUGUUAGCGUUCCCAGUGUUGAUGUGAGGAAGCAGACAGGAGUUAAUUUCGGAACGGUGAGAGUCAACCACAACCAAAGGUCUGCUCGCAGUUGGCCAAGGGGGUCCACGCCAUCAUGGGCGUGUAUGACCUGAAGACCGCCAACAUGGUGGCGUCGUUCUGCAGCGCCUUGCAUGUCAGCUUCAUCACGCCGUCGUUUCCCACCCUCGCCAACAACCAGUUUGUGCUGCAGUUGCGUCCACAGCUGCAGGAGCCGCUCAUGGCGCUGUUGGACCACUUCUCCUGGACCCGCUUCGUUUACAUGUAUAGCGCCGACACAGGUCUGUUGGUUCUUAAGAUGAUUCUGGACCGUGCGGCCGAGCAAGGCUGGCAGGUGACAUCAGUCAAUUUGGACUCGCUGACCGAGUCCAUGUUCAUCAAGCUGCUGGCCGACUUGGACUUCAACAGGGAGUUCCAAGUGAUUGUGGACUGCGAGUCGGACCGCCUCAACGGCAUCCUGGGCCUGAUUUCAGCGCAGAGAAGAAACCUGAAGAACUAUCACUAUAUCCUCCUCAACCUGGGCUUCACGGAGUUGAACAUGACAGAAUUCCAGAAGUUGUCUCCAAACGUGACAGGCUUCCAGUUGGUCAACUGGUCCGAUUCAACCGUGCUGAAUGUCCAGCAGGACUGGAUGAACUUUGACACCAAGGAUGUCAAAGCGACUCGUCGCAGCCUGCGGUACACAGGAGCUCUGACCUACGACGGUGUCAAUGUCCUGGCAACGGCCUUCCAGAACCUCAGACGACAACGCAUUGAUGUCUCUCGCCGUGGCAACGCUGGAGAGUGUUUGGGCAACCCUCCUGCCCCCUGGGGACAGGGAAUCGACAUUCAGCGAGCACUGCAGCAGGUGCGUCUGGAUGGGCUGACGGGCCGUGUUCAGUUUGAUGAGCGAGGACAUCGUAGCAACUUCACACUGACAGUAAUGGAGCUGGCCCCCGGCGGACCCAGAAAGGUGGGCUUUUGGAGUGAGAAGAGAGGUUACGUUAACACAGCCAAGUAUAAGCCUACAUUAGAGGACUUCUACGGGCUCCAUAACCGCACCUAUGUGGUCACUACAAUCCUGGAAGCGCCAUACAUGAUGCUGAAGAAGAACCACGAGCAGCUGGUGGGAAAUGACAAGUACGAAGGUUACUGCGCUGAGCUAGCGGCCGAGAUUGCCAAGCACGUGGGCUUCAGCUACCGACUGGAGCUGGUGGGUGACGGCAAGUAUGGCGCCAGAGAAGCCGACACCAAGAUGUGGAACGGCAUGGUGGGAGAACUGGUCUACGGGAAGGCGGACGUUGCCGUUGCCCCUCUGACCAUCACACUGGUCCGUGAGCAGGUGAUCGACUUCACCAAGCCCUUCAUGUCUUUGGGCAUCUCCAUUAUGAUCAAGAAGCCCACCAAGUCCAAACCAGGCGUCUUCUCCUUCUUGGAUCCCUUGGCGUAUGAGAUCUGGAUGUGCAUCGUCUUCGCCUACAUCGGCGUCAGCGUGGUGCUCUUCCUGGUGAGUCGCUUCAGUCCGUACGAGUGGAAGAAAGAAGAUGAAGAUGAUGAUGAAGCUCUGCCCUCCUCUGCUUCCACUUUUCAACAAGCUCCGCCCACUUCCUCCUCUGCAGGGUACCACCUUCCUCUGGUUCAGACCCUGGACCAGAACCAGAACCAGAAUCAGCAGAAAGACAAGGAGAGUCCGGAACACUCCAAUGACUUUGGCAUCUUCAAUUCCUUAUGGUUUUCCUUAGGAGCCUUCAUGCAGCAAGGAUGUGACAUCUCCCCUAGGUCUCUGUCGGGUCGCAUUGUGGGCGGAGUCUGGUGGUUCUUCACUCUCAUCAUCAUCUCGUCAUACACGGCGAACCUGGCAGCCUUCCUCACCGUGGAGAGGAUGGUCUCGCCCAUCGAGAGUGCAGAGGACCUCGCCAAGCAGACUGAAAUCGCUUACGGGACUUUGGAUGGGGGCUCCACUAAAGAGUUUUUCAGGAGGUCAAAGAUCGCUGUGUUCGAAAAGAUGUGGUCGUACAUGCGUGGUGCCGACCCAUCCGUCUUUGUCAAGAACACCAAUGAAGGCGUGAGCCGUGUGCGAAAGUCCAAAGGGAAGUACGCCUACCUGCUGGAGUCGUCCAUGAACGAGUACAUCGAGCAGCGCAAGCCUUGUGACACCAUUAAAGUGGGAGGAAACCUGGACUCCAAAGGCUACGGCGUGGCCACGCCCAAAGGAUCGCCACUCAGAAUCCCAGUAAACCUGGCCGUUCUCAAGCUCAAUGAACAAGCCAUCUUAGACAAGUUGAAAAACAAGUGGUGGUAUGACAAAGGAGAGUGCGGACACAAGGACUCCGGCAGAAAGGACAAGACCAGCGCUCUCAGCUUGAGCAACGUGGCAGGCAUCUUCUACAUCCUGAUUGGAGGACUGGGAUUGGCCAUGAUGGUGGCGCUGUUGGAGUUUUGCUACAAGUCACGCUUGGAGUCCAAAAGGAUGAAGGAGCUGAUUGACGCCGCCAUGUUGAGCAGCGGCCUGGGAGCGAUGGCGCUCGCAGGGGGCGGGGUCACAGCGGGCAGGUUUGGAGGAGGCGGGGCUUCAGGGCUGGUGGGAGAGAACGGCCGAGUGGUGGCGCAUGACUUGCCAAGAUCCGGCGCUCAAGGUUUACCAUGCAUGAGUAAAGCUGCCAGUUUGGGAUUGUCCUCCAAUGUCAUGUGACCAGCGCCAAGACACCUGAUUGGAUGCAGUCACCUGACAAUCAUCCAGCAUUACAGGAAGCAGCACUGGUGAACUGAGUGCACCUGAAAGCAACACACUUCUCCUCCUUCCUUUCUUAUUCUUCUAUUCUUUUUCUCCUAUUUCUUUUGUUUUUCUUCUUCCUGGUUCCUUUUUCUUUCCUCUUCUUUCUUAUGUUCUUCUUCCUUUCUUAUUUUCCUUGUCCUUUUUUCUAUCAUCUUAUUUUUUUCUUCUCCUUCAUCUCCCUUGCUUUCAUCACAGCAUCACUGGAGGACUCAUGAACGCAACCUUUUGACCCUGACCAUUUGUCUUUGGGCCAAUCACAAUGAAGCUAAUUAGCAUACUGAUUUGAAUAUUUCACCAUAAGCUUGUUCUUGUUUGUGCUUCCCGGAAUGAACUUCACAUGAACGUGCUUGUUUACAAAUACUAAUAAAUUUGUUUCAAGUAACCUCCU